AGACAAGAAGCCCCAAACUGUCUCACAGUCCUCAACCUCCCAGUCUGGGCGACCCGGUCGAGCACUUAUCAGAGACAUCUGCUGAUUCUUUGGAAGCCAUGUCUGAGGGGGAUGCUCCCAGCCCAUUUUCCAGAGGCAGCCGGACUCGCGCGAGCCUUCCCGUGGUGAGGUCCACCAACCAGACGAAAGAAAGAUCUCUGGGGGUUCUCUAUCUCCAGUAUGGAGAUGAAACCAAGCAGCUCAGGAUGCCGAAUGAAAUCACAAGUGCAGACACAAUCCGUGCUCUCUUUGUAAGUGCCUUUCCUCAGCAGCUCACCAUGAAAAUGCUGGAGUCACCCAGUGUCGCCAUUUACAUCAAAGAUGAAAGCAGAAAUGUCUAUUAUGAAUUAAAUGAUGUAAGGAACAUUCAAGACAGAUCGCUCCUCAAAGUGUACAACAAGGAUCCCGCACAUGCAUUUAAUCACACACCAAAAACUAUGAAUGGAGACAUGAGGAUGCAGAGAGAAAUUGUUUAUGCCAGAGGAGAGGGGGCCUCUCGCCCUGGGUCCACGGCUCAUCCGCCCCAUGCGAUUCCGAACUCCCCACCGUCCACUCCUGUGCCCCACUCCAUGCCUCCCUCCCCGUCCAGAAUCCCCUAUGGGGGCACCCGCCCCAUGGUUGUUCCUGGCAACGCCACCCUCCCCAGGGACAGACUCUCCAGCCUGCCAGUCUCUAGACCCAUCUCCCCAAGCCCCAGCGCCAUCUUAGAAAGAAGAGAUGUCAAGCCGGAUGAAGACAUGAGUGGCAAGAACAUCGCGAUGUACAGAAACGAGGGCUUCUACGCCGAUCCUUACCUCUAUCACGAGGGUCGCAUGAGCAUAGCCUCGUCCCACGGUGGGCACCCCCUGGACGUCCCUGAUCACAUCAUCGCAUACCACCGCACCGCCAUUCGCUCGGCGAGUGCCUAUUGUAACCCCUCUUUGCAAGCAGAGAUGCAUAUGGAGCAGUCGCUGUACAGACAGAAAUCAAGGAAAUAUCCAGACAGCCACUUGCCGACGCUGGGCUCCAAAACGCCCCCUGCCUCUCCUCACCGAGUCAGUGACCUGAGGAUGAUAGACAUGCACGCCCAUUAUAACGCCCAUGGGCCUCCCCACACCAUGCAGCCGGACCGGGCCUCGCCCAGCCGCCAGUCCUUUAAAAAGGAGCCGGGCACCUUGGUGUAUAUCGAAAAACCACGGAACACUCCAGGAUUAUCCGGCCUUGUGGACCUCGGCCCUCCUCUAGUUGAGAAGCAAGUUUUUGCUUACAGCACAGCUACCAUACCCAAAGACAGAGACACCAGAGAGAGGAUGCAAGCCAUGGAGAAACAGAUUGCCAGUUUAACUGGCCUUGUUCAGUCUGCGCUUUUUAAAGGGCCCAUUACAAGUUAUAGCAAAGAGGCAUCUAGUGAGAAAAUGAUGAAAACCGCAGCCAGUAGGAGCCACACAGACGGCGCAGGAACUCCCCAUGUGGCUGGCGGGAAGACCCUCGGCGCCCUGGAGUCCCCGGCGCCCCCUGGCCAGCGUCCGCCCGCAGGCACCCCGGCCCUCCACAUGAGCCUGCUUGACAUGAGGCGGAGCGUGGCGGAACUCAGGCUCCAGCUCCAGCAGAUGCGGCAGCUCCAGCUACAGAACCAGGAGCUGCUGAGGGCAAUGAUGAAGAAGGCUGAGCUGGAAAUCAGCAGCAAAGUGGUGGAAACCCUGAAGAGGCUGGGGGAUCCUGUGCAGCGACAGCGCGUCCUGGUGGAGCAGGAGAGGCAGAAAUACCUCAUCGAGGAAGAGAAGAUCGUCAAGAAGUUAUGUGAGCUGGAAGACUUUGUCGAAGACUUGAAGAAGGACUCCACGCUAGCUGCCCGAGUGCUUACUUUAAAAGAUGUGGAAGAUGGGGCUUUCCUCCUGCGGCAGGUGGGCGAGGCUGUAGCCACCCUGAAAGGAGAAUUUCCAACCUUGCAAAACAAGAUGCGAGCCAUCCUGCGCAUUGAGGUGGAGGCUGUGCGGUUUCUGAAAGAGGAGCCGCACAAGCUGGACAGUCUCCUGAAGCGUGUGCGCAGCAUGACAGACGUCCUGACCAUGUUGCGGAGGCAUGUCACCGAUGGGCUCCUGAAAGGUACAGACGCAGCCCAAGCCGCACAGUACGUCGCCAUGGAGAAGGCCACAGCUGCAGAAGUCCUGAAGAGCCAGGAGGAGGCAGCCCACGCCUCCGGCCAGCCUCCACAUGGCACAGGAGUCCCCGGCGAUGUGAAGUCGGAAGUGGUGCCCUUGUCCGGCAUGACGGUUCACCACGUGCAGAGCUCCCCUGUGGUCAUUCAGCCCUCCCAGCACUCUGUGGCCCUGCUGAACCCUGCCCAGAACUUGCCUCACACGACCAGCCCCCCAACUGCCCCCCAAGAAGUAACCUCCACCCUGCAAUCGGCACAGAUUCCGCAGUCCCCACAGACGCCCAUGAAUGGGACCGCCAUGCAGAGCCUGUUCAUUGAGGAAAUCCACAGCGUGAGUGCCAAGAACAGGGCAGUGUCUAUUGAGAAAGCAGAAAGGAAAUGGGAAGAAAAAAGGCAAAAUUUGGACCACUAUAACGGGAAAGAGUUUGAGAAGCUCUUAGAGGAAGCUCAGGCCAAUAUCAUGAAGUCAAUACCAAACCUGGAGAUGCCACCAACCUCAGGCCCACUUCCAAAGGGAGAUGCCCCAGUGGACAAGCUAGAACUUUCAGAAGACUCUCCAAAUUCAGAACAGGACUUGGACAAGCUGGGGGGAAAGUCACCUCCUCCUCCUCCCCCACCCCCUCGGCGAAGCUACCUGCCAGGAUCGGGGCUCACCACCACGAGGUCAGGGGAUGUGGUCUACACUGGCAGAAAGGAGAACACCACUGCUAAGGCAAGCAAUGAAGACGCUGGACCGAGCCCACAGACCAGAGCCACAAAAUGUCCAGCAGAGGAGCCUGCUUCCGGAUGGACUCCACCCCCACCCCCCAUCACUACCUCCUCCUCAAAGGACGAGGAGGAAGAAGAAGAAGGAGACAAAAUAAUGGCAGAACUCCAGGCAUUCCAGAAGUGUUCCUUUAUGGAUGUAAAUUCAAACAGUCAUGCUGAGCAGUCCCGGGCUGACAGUCACGUUAAAGACACUAGGCCGGGCGCCACAGUCCCACCCAAGGAGAAGAAGAAUUUGGAAUUUUUCCAUGAAGAUGUACGGAAAUCUGAUGUUGAAUAUGAAAAUGGUCCCCAAAUGGAAUCCCGAAAGGUUACCACAGGGGCCCUGAGACCUAGUGAACUUCCCAAGUGGGAAAGAGGAGUGGAGAAUAAUCUUUCUGAUGCACCAAGAAUAUCAGACUAUAAGCCUGACAUCUUCAUGAAGGAAAAUGCCACAUUCAGUAUGAGUUUACUCAGAGACAGCAGAAACUAUUCCCAGAAAAAUGUGCCUAACGUCAAUUUCAGCUUCUCUGGCAUUAGUUCGUUAGAUGAUGAAAUAAACAAAGGGCCUAAAGUCUCCCUACCUGACUCUGAGACUCCGAAGCUGAACCACGGAAGGACAAAAGAGACAGGUCGGCAAGGACAAGAAAAUUCAGAGAAGGGUCACAUUUCCUCUCCCACCAGAUCCACGGAAUCGAGUGUACGUGGUGUCAAAACACAAGAUCAGGAGGUUCUCAGGACAGAUUUUGGCCAAGUCGUUCUAAGACCCAAGGGAGCUAGGCCUGCUCGUAUGAACCCUCAUGAGGACGGAGCAUCAACUCCAAGUUCUCCCCCUGAAGAAAAUGCAGCUCCUGACAACAUUGCCUUCAUGAUUACCAAAACCACUGUGCAGGUCCUCUCCAGCGGGGAGGUCCACGACAUCGUUAGCCAAAAGGGAGAAGAUGUACAGACUGUCAACAUCGACGCCAAGAAAGAGACGAGCUCCCCACAGGAAGGGAGUGAAAGCGAAGAGCCAGUCGUUUGCCUAGACAAGAAACCAGUGAUCAUUAUUUUCGACGAGCCCAUGGACAUCCGGUCUGCCUAUAAGAGACUUUCCACCAUCUUUGAGGAAUGUGAUGAGGAAUUAGAGAGAAUGAUGACAGAGGAAAAGAUCGAGGAGGAGGAGGAAGAGGAGGAAAAUGGAGACCCCGUAGUCCACAGCGGCCCUUUUCAGAUGUCUCCUAAGAAGAUCGCCCCAGCCAGUCUUAGAACUGGACAGCAGGUGGAUACAAAAUUACAGCCUCACACCCUGGCAGCAGAGACCCAAAUCCCAGGAGGACAAGAAACAAAUACACCCCAGCUAAGCAAGUUCAGCCCCGCACACUCUCCAGAUUCAGAGCGCAAGGGGCAUGACGUGACCGAUGACCAGUUUGAAAGCCCCAAGAAAAAGUUCAAAUUCAAAUUCCCCAAAAAGCAACUUGCCGCUCUCACUCAAGCCAUUCGCACAGGAACCAAAACAGGGAAGAAGACGUUGCAGGUGGUAGUCUACGAAGAGGAGGAAGAGGAUGGUACUUUGAAACAGCACAAAGAAGCCAAGCGCUUUGAAAUCACUAGGUCUCAACCUGACGACACCCCUCAAACUAUGGCCAAGAGACAAGAGCAGCCUGGGGUUGAGAGCACCUCUCAGACUUCAAGAACUGAUGAAAUCAGGAAAAAUACCUACAGGACCCUGGACAGCCUGGAGCAGACCAUUAAACAGCUCGAGAACACGAUCAGUGAAAUGAGCCCCAAAGCCCUAGUCGAUACCUCAUGUUCCUCCAACAGAGAUUCUGUUGCAAGCUCAUCCCACAUGUCCCAGGAGGCUUGUCCCCGGCCCUUGCUAGUUCCGGAUGAAGUUCCCACUGUCCUAGAGCCCCCCACGUCAAUACCUUCAGCUUCACGUAAGGGCUCCAGCGGGACCCCGCAGACCAGCAGGAUGCCAGUCCCCAUGAGUGCCAAGAAUAGACCCGGCAGCCUGGACAAGCCCGGCAAGCAGUCCAAACUGCAGGACCCCCGCCAAUACCGUCAGGCUAAUGGAAGUGCUAAGAAAGCUGGUGGGGACUUUAAGCCUACUUCCCCCUCCUUACCCGCUUCUAAGAUUCCAGCCCUUUCUCCCAGCUCCGGGAAAAGCAGUUCUCUGCCCUCCUCUAGCGGUGACAGCUCUAACCUCCCUAAUCCAUCUGCUCCUAAACCGUCGGUUACUUCUAACCCUCUCAGCCCCCAAACAGGACCACCUGCUCACUCUACCUCCCUCAUCCCUUCCGUCUCUAAUGGCUCCUUAAAGUUUCAGAGCCCCACUCAUACAGGUAAAGGUCACCAUCUUUCAUUCUCACUGCAGAGUCAAAAUGGCCGAGCACCCCCUCCUCCCUCUUCCUCCUCCUCCCCUCCAUCCCCUGCCUCCUCCAUCUCACUGAACCAAGGUGCCAAGGGCGUCAGGACCAUCCACACUCCUAGCCUCACCAGCUACAAGGCACAGAACGGAAGUUCAAGCAAAGGCACCCCAUCCACAGCAAAGGAAACCUCUUAAAGGCCAAAUCUUUUUAGGC